AUGAACUAUUUGGUUGAUGCGACGAGCGACCACACAACCAUGGCGAACUGGCUCGCGAUGAUGACCACGCAGGUCCCACGAGGCGUGGUCUGCACCAACAUUGACAAGGUGACGCUCGUGUACAACACGGGCGGCAAGACGCCGCGGAUCGUGGAUUCCGUCGAUCUGCUGCGGGCAAUGCUCUAA